AUGCCUACUUUCUGCUCUCUACCCUCCCAUUUGGCCAUGAUGCCUUUCGAUCCGCUUUUGGGGUAUCGUUCUCAUGAAAGUCGUGACAGGUUGUCUUGGCCGCAGUCAGUCCUUCAAUCCGAUCCCUCCGCCACUAUCACUCGAACGCGCUCAUGUCCUGCCUUCGGCACAUUCAAGAUAUCAGCCUCCCCAACGCUUUCAGCUGACCUUCGAGCGUUGGACUCUGCGUCUCCGCUUCCUAUACUAUUCUCGGGAACUAUUCAAACACUUUCCCCGUUCCGUCUGUCUCAAUGGAAUGGCCGUCCUACGAUCGUGAUCGAACUUCGGCCCUCGCUUCCUAGCGUUCGCACCCAAUAG